CUGCUUCGGUCCAGUCACCGCUACGCAUUUGCCAACAUCUCCAUGACAUCAGUGCUCACACUCAAUACGACGCUCAGUGUGCCGAUGGCCGGCAGCUUCACUCUCAUCCAAGACCUUGUUGGCCCGUUUGGCUCGAUCGAUAUGUUUUUUAUUGGAGUCCCACGCGCGCUCAAUGGUGAUAUGCUCGACUUGGUCAACACAAUUCGCGCUGCGUCUAUGGCGUCGGACGCGUCUCAGCGUGCGUACGCCAACCUCAUUGUGCCCGACUCGAUGUAUGUGACGCCUGGCAUCUGGCUCUACUCCAAGUGGAUCUCGUUCGGGGGCUCCCCGUUUUGCGCGGACAUUGGCCUUUCCACUGGCAUCGCCGUCACAUCAGGUAUGCUCAACCUGCUGUCGUCCAACAAGCCAUGCUCGUUGUCACGUGGGCACGCGCGCAGUGGACCGACGAUCGAGUUUUGGGUGGUGGCGACCAUUAUGGCGUCGUUAACGCCAAGCAGCAACGUGACUGGCAUAUGCGAGCUCAAUACAGCGGCAACGAGUCACUGCGUGCCCGACUUGCUCGCGACCGUCGAGUUUGUUCGCACCUAUAUGCCGUCGAUCUCGCAUCGGGGGCCCUCGAUAGCCGCGUCGACAGCGGCGGUGCAGCAGCUGCACAUGCAGCUGAUCCAGUUUAUGCGCCUCAACGUGUCGUCGCCGCUCUUUCUGGCUUCCUACGAGGUCCUGAAAACGGCCGAUGACUUUACGUUUGCCUCGUGGAUUCUCUUGAUGGAAUGGGUCUUUGGCGUGCGCGAAGUCGUCCAACUGGUCGGUGAUCACGGCAACCUCACGGUCCUCGGCGAACUGCUCUUACCGGCGCAGCAAAAGGUUCACGAGUACGAGAUCCCAACGUCCGGCGCGAUGUAUGCCCGUGCGGCGGUCCAGUACAUCACCGCCGUCGUCAUCCUCGUUGCAGGCCUCACGGUCGCCUACAUCGUCACGAGCCGCGGACGGAUCGAAGGCCGCAACAUGUUUUCCCUUGGUAGCGUCGGCGGUGUCGUCUGGAUUGGCCGACCAUUGCUCUUUCUUCGAAGCAUCACGGCCAUUGGGAUUCUCUCGACGGGAACACUCUCGCUCGAGUUCAACGGCCGCUUCAGCUACCUCCAAGUGUCGGUGACGCCGUGGUACCAGACGCUGAUUGAAGCCAACGAGCUCACGUGGCUUGCCGCCGUCGUCAACGAUGUUUUCAUUGCGUACACACGCGAGUACAACCGGUACUACAAUGCAAUCAACAUCGCGCUCGUCUGGCUCGUCGCGGGAUGCGUGAGCUUGCUCCAUCCCGCGUACCAUGUGGCGUCGAUGCAGCGCGCCGUCGACUCCGCGCAGAUUCAGAUUGGACAGUUUUCCCGCCUUUUGCUCUUGAUUGGUAUCGUGUUUGCUGUCAAGCUCUUUUGCUACGUAUCCGUGCGGCUCUAUAUUGGUGACCCGACACCGGCGCGCGCCAAGUCGAUCGUGCUCUACGCCGGCGCCAAGUUUUUGUUUCGCCACAAGACGUGGAUAUACCACGACGUGUACUACCUCGACCGCGCGUCCGCGCUCCUGAAUGGUAUGGUCACGCUGCGCUGGCGCGAGACGUUGUAUGUUCUCGAUAUCAAGACGUGGCGCGCCUUUGGCGUCGAUAUGGAUCUCGUACCCGCCAGCGCGGGCAGACAUGUGCUGGGCGCGAUCCCGCUCCAAAACUCGACCGACCGUAACAGCUCGUUCGCGCCCAUCGGUCCCUUGGCCAAGCCGUGA